AAUCAAGACUGCGAGAGCGGUCUAUAAAUAACCAGCAACCGGGCUCUUUGUCUCAUUUGCUGAAGGGAGUCCUUUGCUUCGUUUGCCAUGGCUCGUACCAAGCAGACCGCUCGCAAGUCCACCGGCGGGAAGGCGCCUCGGAAGCAGCUGGCGACCAAAGCCGCCCGGAAGAGCGCCCCGGCCACCGGGGGCGUGAAGAAGCCUCACCGCUACCGCCCUGGGACUGUCGCCCUGCGAGAGAUCCGUCGCUACCAGAAGUCCACUGAGCUGCUGAUUCGCAAGCUGCCCUUCCAGCGUCUGGUGCGGGAGAUCGCGCAGGAUUUCAAGACAGACCUGCGCUUCCAGAGCUCUGCGGUGAUGGCCCUUCAGGAGGCGAGCGAGGCUUACCUGGUGGGUCUUUUCGAAGAUACCAACCUGUGCGCCAUCCAUGCCAAGCGGGUCACCAUCAUGCCCAAAGACAUCCAGCUGGCUCGCCGCAUCCGCGGAGAAAGGGCUUAAGAUAUUCGUUGUCAAAGUAGGGGCCUCCUACGUUCAAAAACCCAAAGGCUCUUUUAAGAGCCACCACAUAACCUUAAAAAGCUGUUAAUUACUGCAAUAUUAUGUUCAAUUGCUAGUUCGGUAUUGUGCAUUAAGCACCAGUUGCUGGGAAUGUUAAAAGGACACGGCGGCGUGGUACUUCUGUGCAAUUUACAGCCGUCUCACAUGCAUCUUGCCCCUUCGACUUGUACCCUCCUUCAGCGACUUUACCCCCUUUUUAGGAGGCCCUGAGGUAGCAUUCUUUCACUAAGGGAAAGCAUAUCCAUUUUUACCCUCCCCCUCCCGCCUAAAAACAUGGCAGCAACCACUUGCUUUCUCCCCACCCACAUUGCCACGUGUCUUCCUCCCCCUCCCCCACGUAAAACAAAGUUGCAGAAACAUUA